AUGGCCAAAGCCAAAGUUUAUCCUCAAGAACAAGAAUCUAUAAAAUCCUCGGAUUCUCAUGUUCAGUGUGUCAGUAAUAAAAGUGAAAGAUAUACAGUAUGGAUGAAAUCACUUGUUCUCCACUCAAAUGGUUGCACUGUCUAUGAUUCAAAUGGUAACAUAGCUUAUAGAGUUGAUAACUAUAAUAGAAAAGGUAGAAGAAAAGUUAAUCUCAUGGAUCUACAAGGUAAUGUUGUCUGCACCAUCAAAAAGAGAUUACUAGCUUUUGGAUGUUGGGAAGGACACAAAUAUCACAGCAGCAAAGAGGAGCAAGCAUGGUUUCAAGUUAAAAGAUGUUUUACAGGAAAAAUAGUUUGCAUCAUUAAAGUGGGAUCACAAGAAUUGUGCAUAGAAAGAAUGAGUAUUGGAAAAUCAUUUGGUUUUCGGAUAAUAAACAAAGAUGGACAAAUGAUAGCAGAGGCAAAGCAAAAAGAGUCUUGUUCAGGAAUUGUUCUGAGUAAUGAUGUUCUAACUUUGGAUUUGGAAGCUGGCACAGAUCAUUCCUUAAUAAUGGGUUUGAUUACAGUAUACGGAGUGAUAUGCGGCUUAAUGUAA